CUUACAAAACAAUUUUGGGAAUGUCUCCCUAUAGGCUAGUAUACGGUAAAUCUUGUCAUCUGCCGGUGGAAAUUGAGCAUAAAGCAUAUUGGGCAAUUCAUAAGAUCAACAAGAGUCUAACUGAAGCAGGCUUAUCCAGGAAGCUCCAAUUGAAUGAACUUGAGGAAAUUCGGAAUGAAGCAUUUGAAAAUGCAAGAUUGGCCAAGGUUCGCAUGAAAGAGUUACAUGAUCGGCACAUCAUUCGAAAAAGCUUUCAGGUAGGGCAAUGGGUACUCUUGUAUGAUUCUCGAUUGCAUCUAUUCCCAGGAAAAUUGAAGUCUCGAUGGGUCGGCCCCUUUGUAAUCAAGUCCAUCUCAGGAUAUGGGGCAUUUGAGAUAGAAAAUCUGGAGUCAGGACAGCUUCUAACAGUCAAUGGUCAUAGGUUGAAACCAUACCAGGGUAGUGUUGAGGAGAAUGAAGGAGUUGUGGAUUUAGAUGAUCCAUCAUCAUCUGAUGAGUAGGGAAAGUUUCCUAUCGUCUGGGAAUCUGACGUUAAAAGACCACCUUUCCAUUUAGGUUAAAUGGAUGUUUAUAGAUCUGAAAAAAAAAUUAAAAAAAAAUAAUAAAAAAAAUAAAUAAAAAAAGGAAAAAAAUAAAAUAAAAUAAAAUAAUAAAGAAUUAUAUAUAUAAGUUGUUCAUUUUCUGCAUUACUUAAUUAACUUUGAUUCAAAGAGUGUUUCUCUGUGUGCAGUCUAAAUAAAAUUUUUUUGCAUACAAGUUCAUGCAUUGAAGACCACCAGGUAUGCCUAUCUUCUAUCCUUUUAUUGUCGAUUGAGGACAAUGCGCAAUUUAAGUUGGGGGGUAAGGUGUACUUGAUUUUAUUGGUGUUUGAAACUGAUCCAUUGUGCAAAAAAUAAAAAAAAUAAAAAAAAAUAAAAAAAAUUAAUAAUAAUAAUAAGAAUAAGAAUAAAAAAAAUUAAAAAAAAAAACAAUAAAAUAAUAAUAUAAAAAAAAAAAAAAUUUGAAUUGAGAGACAGAAUUGACGCUGGUGGUAGCUAUCUUUUCUUGGGCAGUGCAAUCACACUGCCCUAUAAAGGAUAAGGCACACUGCCAAAUGUUGAAAAAUGAGGCACCAAGCGUUGAAAAAGAGACGCCAAGCCUGACCCUGUAAUUAUGGCAUGCCUCGAGCCGAGUGUAAAAUAGUGAUGGUCAUUGCUCUAUAAGAGACUCCAUAUCUGUAUAAGGCAAGCCACCCUUCUUGAGCUCAGUCUUCUCUCCUUUGUGUUAUUCUCCGAUCAGGUACUCUCAUCCCUUUUGUAAAGUUUAUAGUUCUUUACUUUCUUCUUAGUAUAGUUAAAAAAAAAAAAAUGGAUCUUUAUCUCUCAAAAAUUCACAAGUACUAUCCAUCUCUCCCGCAGAAUGAUUUGAAAAAAAUUUAUGUUGCUAGGUGUGAAAGACUUAGGUUGUUGAUGCUUAAUAACAUCCCUGAAGAUAUUCGUUGGCUGAUCGAAGCAAAAGUUCGAUUAGCUGGUGAAACUUCACCUAGUUUUAAGCAUUUUCCAGGCUUAGGGAAGAGUAGUUUUGCGAAGAAAAGAAGAGCGAAAAGAGUGAAUGGUUGUUACAAAUGUGCUCGAUGGACCU